AUGACUGCAUGGGAGGCAGUUGGAGAGAGUAAGACAAACCGUGAAGUUGUGACGACGAAUAUGGCCUUUGAACCAAAUAGUCUUGCUAAGGUGUUCAUCGAUGAGUUGGAUGCCAUCGCUCCUGCACGGAAGGAUGGAGGCGAAGAGCUUUCUCAAAGAAUUGUUGCAACAUUAUUGAAUUUGAUGGAUGGCAUUAAUAGAACAGCUGGCAUACUAAUUAUAGCUGCCACCAACCGGCCUGAUAGUAUUGAUCCAGCAUUGAGGCGGCCUGGGAGGCUUGACAGAGAAAUUGAAAUUGGAGUGCCUUCUCCAAAGCAGCGAUUGGAUAUUUUAAUUGCUCUUCUCAGUAAAAUGGACCAUUCUCUUUUAGACGAACAAGUUCAGCAUCUUGCUUCAACCACACAUGGAUUUGUUGGUGCUGAUUUAGCUGCAAUUUGCAAUGAGGCAGCAUUGGCUUGUCUUAGGCGCUAUAUUAAGUUCAAGAAAUCUUGUACUCCUUCCAAAGUUAAGCCUGAUGAUGUGCUGCCAGAGGGACUGAGUCUCUCAUCUGAAACUUGGUCAGCUGAUAUAAAUGGGAUCUCUGAUCUUUCUAAUGGUACAGAGAAUGAAGAUUCAGCAUCAUCAUCAUCAAUCUCGGAUCUGAUUGUAUCAUCAGAAAUUUCCAAAGCUUCUGCUCCCUUCUGGUCAACAGUUCAAAACAGAGGGGAUGCUUUUCAAAAUGGUCUAUUGAGUAGUGUUAAGAUGGCUCGUGAUAUUGAGGAAGAAUAUUCACUUAAAGUGGCCUUCGAAGACUUUGAAAGGGCUAAGAUGAAAGUGAGGCCCAGUGCGAUGCGAGAGGUUCUACUCGAGGUUCCGAAGGUUCGCUGGGAUGAUGUUGGUGGCCAGAUUGAGGUUAAGAAACAACUUAGGGAAGCUGUAGAAUGGCCACAAAAGCAUCGAGAUGAUUUCAGGCGCAUUGGAACUCGUCCACCAACAGGGGUGCUGUUGUUUGGUCCUCCUGGUUGCAGCAAAACCCUUAUGGCACGUGCUGUAGCUUCUGAAGUAGGGUUGAACUUCCUUGCAGUAAAGGGCCCAGAACUAUUUAAUAAAUGGGUUGGUGAAUCUGAGAAGGCUGUAAGGUCUCUAUUUGCAAAGGCAAGGACCAAUGCCCCGUCAAUUAUAUUUUUUGAUGAAAUAGACAGUCUUGCAAUCAUUCGUGGGCAGGAAAAUGAUGGGGCUUCUGUUUCCGAUAGGGUCAUGAGUCAACUUCUAGUUGAAUUGGAUGGUUUGCACCAAAGAGUUGGUGUUACUGUUAUUGCUGCUACAAACCGUCCAGACAAGAUUGAUCCGGCAGUUCUAAGACCUGGACGAUUUGACCGGCUGUUGUAUGUGGGACCUCCAAAUGAAAUUGAUCGCAAAGAUAUAUUCCGCAUCCAUGUGCAUAAGAUGCCAUGCAGUCAUGAUGUCAGCUUGAGGGAGCUUGCAUGUCUUACUCCAGGCUUUACUGGGGCAGAUAUAUCAUCAAUCUGCCGGGAAGCAGCUGUUGCAGCGAUUGAAGAGAGCAUUGAUGCUUCGGAAAUAAAAAUGGCACAUUUCAAGACUGCAAUUGAACGAGUGCAACCAUCAGAGAUCGAGUCAUACCACAGAUAUUCAGAAAGGUUUCAAAGGCGUGUCUCCAGUAGUUUUAGUACUGAUGACAUGGUGUGUCAAGCAAGUUCCAGAAAAUCAAAAUGGAUUUCAUUCUGGUCACAACUGAAAUCUGUUUUACUUCUAUUCUUCCGGCUCCCAGCAGCACUUGCAUCAUCAAAGGCUUCUUAAUAUGGCUGCCGGCGGGCAUAUUUUUUCGUCAUGUCCCAUUCAAUUUUGUCUCCUGAAUCAUGCUUGGCUGUUCAUUUCAACUGCAUAUUGUGCCGCAAAUCCUCUCCAAGUGAUUUGAGUUGGGUGAAGAAAUUACCCAUGAGUAUAGAGAAAUGGACGUUACUUAACUAUUUUGAAAAUGUAUUACGCUGGCUAUGAUACUGUAUAGAAUUUGAGUCCAUGUAAAUAUUUUUUUUUUUUGUUGUUGAGGUCUUCUUGUAACCGAAGCGGUGAAUUAAGAAUUUGUAAGUUUCUUUUCGUCGCAUCUUGUCUUAUUCCCAAAAGUUCUUUGACUUAGGAAUGAUCAUUGCAAAUUGUUUUUUUCUUGCUCA